UCCAGCAUGGUUCAGAAGGUGGCCGUGAUCGGUGCGGGGAUUUCUGGUCUCACCAGCGUUAAGGCAUGUUUGGAUGAAGGUCUGGAGCCCACCUGCUUUGAGAGCGGCCAUGACAUCGGGGGUCUUUGGAGAUUUAAGGAGAAGCCCGAGCUCGGACGUGCCAACAUCUAUCAAUCGGUGGUCAUUAACAGCUCCAAAGAGAUGAUGGCCUUCAGUGACUUCCCUCCGCCGGCUGAGCUCCCCAACAACAUGCACCACUCGGAGGUGCUGCUGUACAUGCGCCUCUAUGCUCAGGCCUUCAAACUGCUGCCGCACAUACGCUUCCAGACGACCGUGGUCAGUGUGAGGCAGAGGCCAGAUUUUGCUGCGACAGGCCAGUGGGAGGUGGAGACAGAGAACAGCGAAGGUCAGAGGGACACUCAUGUUUUUGACGCCGUGCUGGUUUGUACCGGACACUUCACCCGACCUCACCUGCCACUCAAAGACUUCCCAGGUAUUGAGAGCUUUGAAGGCAGAUAUUUCCACAGCUGGGAUUACUGCGACGCUGAGGGUCUGCAGGGGAAAAGAGUGGUGGUGAUCGGGAUCGGGAACUCAGGAGGUGAUAUUGCGGUGGAUAUCAGUAGAGUUGCUGAGAAGGUGUUCCUCAGUACCAGGAGCGGAGCGUGGGUGGUCAGCCGUGUAGGAGAGGGCGGGCUUCCAGCUGACCUUAUCGGGACUUCUCGAAUGGAUAUGAUGAUACAGAAGCUCUUCUCCUCGUGGAUCAACAGGAUGUUGGAGAAGAAGCUGAACACAGCAUUUGACCACACACUAUACGGGCUGAAACCAAAACACGGUUUUUAUGCACAGAUCCCUGUCGUGAAUGACGACCUGCCAGCUCGGAUCAUCUCAGGUCGGGUUCAGGUGAAGCCAAAUGUGAAGGAGUUCUGUGGGUCCAGUGUGGCUUUUGCAGAUGGGAGCGUUAUAGACAAGGUGGAUGUGGUGGUGUUUGCCACAGGGUACAACUACAGCUUCCCCUUCCUGCCCUCAGCUCUGCAGGAUAAAUGUGGUUACAGGCUGCGUCUCUACAAGCACGUGUUCCCUCCUGCACUGACCCGGCCUACGCUGGCCGUGGUGGGCUUCAUCCAUGGCUUAGGGGCUAUCAACCCUCUGGCUGAGAUGCAGGGCCGCUGGGCUACGAGAGUGUUUAAAGGCUUAAUGACCCUCCCCUCAGAAGACACCAUGAUGAAGGAAAUUGAGAAAGACACAGUAACAAUGCAUCAGAGGUUUGCCUGCUCAGAACGUAACCCCAUCCAGGUGGACUACAUCCCUUACCUGGACUCCCUGGCAGAGCAGGUGGGGGUUCGGCCAAACAUAUUGCGGCUUUUGCUGAAAGACCCCAGACUGGCACUGCAGGUUUUGACGGGUCCCUGCACUCCCUAUCAGUACCGUCUGACAGGGCCGGGCCAGUGGGCUGGAGCCCGUCAGGCCAUUCUCACUCAGUGGGAGCGGGUGUUCCAGCCUUUCAGGACCAGAACGAUACCAGAUCCGGAGACCAGAUCUUCUUCUAAACGGAGCAUCGCAGUGAUUUUCUCAGGUGCAGCGCUACUGUGCUGCAUCUACUACAAUAAACACCCUCUCUCCUCUUUCUUCUCUCCUCUGUCAUUCUUCAGAUCUCCUCAGUAA